AUGGAUGUCAUCCACCUCGAAAUAGGCGAACCCGAUUUCGACACUCCUGAAAACAUCGUUGAUGCGGGAGUCAAGGCGCUCAAGCGGGGCGAAACCCACUACGGCCCCUCGCCCGGCUUCCCCGAUGUACGUGCAACCAUCGCGCAGGAAAUCUCACAGACACGCGGUAUUUCUGUGACCGGCGACAAUGUCGUCGUCACCCCGGGCGGCAAGCCAAUAAUGUUUUUCAUUAUGCUCGCCCUCGUUGACUACGGCGACGAAGUCCUCUACCCCAACCCGGGCUUCCCCAUUUAUGAGUCCAUGAUCAGCUUCGCGGGCGGCGUCCCGGUGCCUAUGCGCCUCCACGAAUCUCUCGACUUCAACAUUGAUGUCGACGAAGUAGCGAGCCAGAUUACCGACAAGACAAAGCUGAUGAUUGUCAACUCGCCCAACAACCCGUGCGGCAGCGUAAUGGCAAGGGAGCAGCUCGAAGCGCUUGCCGACCUCGCCAAGGAGCACGACAUAAUCGUCUUCAUCGCGUCAUUCCCAAAUAUGCGCGACCGCACCGUAAUCCUCGACGGCUUCUCCAAGACAUACGCAAUGACGGGUUGGCGCGCGGGCUACGGCGUGAUGCCUCUCGAACUGGUAGAGCCAAUCUCGCGCCUCGUAACCAACAGCGUCUCCUGUACCGCCAGCUUCACCCAAUACGCAGCGCUUGAAGCGAUUGCAGGCCCACAGGAUGCGCCGAACAGCAUGGUCGAAGAAUUCGCCCGCCGCCGACACAUCAUCGUGGACGGCCUGAACGCUAUCAAGGGCAUACGCUGCUUAACGCCAAAGGGGGCGUUCUAUGCCUUCCCUAACGUCGAAGGCACUGGCCUGUCCAGUAGAGAAUUCGCUGACCGUGCGCUCCAAGAGGCCGGCGUCGCCUGUCUUUCCGGCGAAUCAUUCGGCGAGUACGGCAAUGGCUUCGUCCGCUUCUCGUUCGCCAAUUCAGUCGAAAACAUUGAAGAAGCGCUCCGCAGAAUCGAUCGUUUCGUCCAAGCUCUCUAG